AUGAGGAACUUCACCUUGAUAACAGCUUUACUUCUACAUCCUACUUCCUGGAUCUCUGUCUCAGCUUCUGAGUCUCACACUGUGGAGGUCCAGUCUGGUGGAGACGUCACUCUGAUGUGCGCCAACAUUUCCAGGACUCCAACUACAACAGAAUGGUUCAGAGUGAUCAACAGAACCAAGCCCAGCUGUGUCUCCUCUAUGUACACGUCUAAUAGCAAUGCUUCCUUCUGUGAUGGAUUUCAAAAUGGAUUUGAGAUGAGCUACAACAUCUCUACUGUCUUUCUUCAAAUCAAGAGAGUGGAUUUAUCUGACUCUGGACUGUAUUUCUGUGGGUUUUACAUAGAAGGAAAUACAGUCAUUGGCAAUGUAACAUAUCUAAAAGUCCAAGGUAACCGUGAAUCUGAUUUUGGAGUGGAUUUAAAUACUGAAAGUAAGGAGUCUGAUGGAAUGACAAACGUCAUGAGUGUGUUCCUGGGUUUUCUGACUGUUUUCCUCACUAUAGUAGUCAUUGUUCUGACUGUUAAAAUCAGGAAACUUCAGACAGCUGUGAAUGAAAAUCUGCAGCCAGAAAGAAACAAGGUGAACCGAGCAUUAACUUAUAUAAACUGUGAUCUGGUCUCCGAUGAACUGAACUACGCAGCUCUAAAUUUCCAGGUGAAACCCAAAAGAAGCUGCAGGCCUGCAUCAGAGAGAGAACUGGAGACACAUGUUGUGUAUGCUGCCACCAGAUAG